AUGAACGCACCUAUUCUUUUGAAAGGCUUGAUUUUGGUUGCCCUGAGCCACAAAUUCGUCCGUUCCGACGAUGCCGGAGCUGCUGGCACACCCAAUAAUUCAAACUCCUAUGCCGGCAUUGAUGCUGGCAUCUCCACCAUCUACGAAUCAGCCCUGCCUGAUUUUGAGAUUGAAAAGAAGAUCGAAGCUGACCCCUCCGAUGACGACUUUGAUAUUAACAUCAGCGACAGCAGAGAUUCAAGUAAAGUGAUCCCAGCUGCUCGAGUAAUUCCAGCUGCUUCAGCAACGCCAAAGGCUCCAUCUGGCAGAACAACUACACCUGCUAGAGUAGUCCCAGCAAAGCCAAAGAAGGAGGAAGAGGACAUAUUCGACCGCAAUAUCGGCAGCUUCCCCGACGGCUGGCACACCUACCAGGGUGGAAACGAACUCAGAGGUGCCGAAGCUCCUGCCAAGCGCAGAGAGGACGAUGGAUCCGUUCCAAUUAAGGCUGACGAGAAGAAGGAGAAGAAGGAAACGAAGACCAAGGCUGGCGUUAAGAAGGUCAAGAGGGACUCAUCAAUGCCAGUCGGCGCCAUUGCAGUCAUGGUCACCUCCGGCUGCGUCUUGGUUGUGGCAGUUGCCGUCGCAGCCACAGUCCGCAAAUAA